GUGACUGCGUUAACCAGCCGAUCGCCCGGCGGCACUGGGCAGCAACCCGACCUCCAACGCGACCGCGUCCUCCACAAGCCUACAGCUAGCCUGACUUUACAUAAGGAUAGCAAAGGAUGUCUCUGAUCCAUGCCCUAGUCGCUCGAGGCUCAACAAUCCUCGCGGAGCACAAGAGCGGGGCGAGGGAUUUCUCUCAAGCAACACAAACCAUCCUGUCGAAGAUCCCCCCGAACAAUAGCAAACUGACGUACGUCUGGGAGCAGUAUCUCUUCCACUAUGUAUCGGAGGGCGGCUUUACGUAUCUCGUCAUGGCGGAUGAUUCGGCAGGGCGGCGGAUGCCCUUUACGUUCCUCGCCGAGCUGCAACAACGAUUCACCUCGCUUCCCUCCGCUUCCUCCUCCGACCUCUCCUCCGCACCCGCAUAUGCCCUACAAGGCAGUUUCGGCCCGACCAUCGUCCAGCUCAUGAACACGUACAACACCGCACCGCCCACAGACGAGCUCACACGUGCGCAGGCGGAGCUCGCGCAGGUGAAGGACAUCAUGGUGCAGAAUGUCGAGCAGAUCCUGUCGCGCGGCGAGCGCAUCGAGCUGCUCGUCGACAAGACGGACAACAUGGCGAGCCAGGCGACUGCCUUCCGGCGCGGCGCGCGGACCGUGCGCCGGCAGAUGUGGUGGAAGAACAAGCGCGUCGUCGGCCUCAGUGUGCUCGUGGUCCUGGUCCUUGUGUGGAUCCUUGCUGCCCAGUUCUGCGGCGCCGGCCUGAACCAGUGUGGGUCCUCGUCCGACUGAGGACGCACGUUCGGUCGGGGUAUUACUGUAUGAUCCGAUAUGUUUAUUCCGGACUUCUACUUAGCUUAUGACUCAUGCAAUCGACCAGGUGAAAUACACCUUGGCUCGUAUCCGGAUCGAUGUAUCAUAACCUGUACAUAUUUGCUCAGCUUAACUAGAAUUGAUACCGGUAUUCCAUCCGGUCAGCGAUGGUGGCAUCCCGGCGGUUGUCUGUGUCA